AUGCACCUUUUUGCAUUGCAUCUAGUCUUUCUCCCAAGAAUUAACAAAUCUUUGCUUGAAUUAUAUAACCAGUUGAGUUACAGGGGAAUGAGAACAUCACAGGACAAAUGCCCGCUUGGAUUAUGGGAAACUAGUAUGAUGACAUUUGAACCUAAUUUUGAGGUAUUUCCAGAGCAAUAUGGUAUUGACACUUUUGGUCCAGUACCAAUAGAUGAUUUUGAUGAUGGUGGAAUUAUCGUUCCAGAAAUACAACAUAAAAUAUCGAACGAGCAAUUUAUUCGUUUGCAAGCUGUUGACUUUCUGGCUGAAGAUGGUAAUCAUGGUGUCAAUCACUUUGCCAGGUUUUGA